UCAGACUCUCUUUUGACGCUGGACUGGGAGAAGAAGGAGAGGAGAGGGCAGAGCAGCCACAGGGUCAAGAUGGGACCCCCACAGCUCUGGCUGCUUCUGCUGCUCAGCAGUGCUGCCUUGGCACAAGAUGGGCCUGAAAAUUCAAAUCCAGGCUGUUCAAGAGACACAACCAGAUUUAAGCACUUGAGGCAAUAUGUCUAUAACUAUGAAGCGGACACAGCAAGCGGCGUAACAGGAACGGCAGAUUCACACACUGGCUCCAAAAUUCAGUGUAAGGUUGAGCUGGAAGUCCCGCAACUAUGCAAUUUCAUCCUCAGGACAAGCCACUGCUCCCUCCGGGAGGUGUCUGGAAUUGACCCUGAGGGAAGGCCUAUACUGAAGAAGUCAAGGAACUUGGAUAAGUUUGCUGCUGACAUGUCCCAGUAUGCGCUGAAGUUCAGUGUUCAAGAUGGGAAGAAUUUCCAGCUGUACCCUGAGGACAAUGAACCUAUGCACAUACUCAACAUCAAGAGAGGAAUCAUCUCGGCUCUCAUGGUGCCCAUGGAGACAGACGCCAAUUCCCAAACACUCUCUAUGGAUACUGUAUAUGGAAAAUGUGACAGCGACAUUGAAAUAAGAAGCAGGAAAGGCAGCAACGCGGCAGACAUUGCAGUCAGAAGGAACCUGAAAUCCUGUGAAAACUUCAGCCCCAUCAGAAAUUAUGUCAGCCCACUUGCCCUCGUUAAAGGCUUGAAUACGCCAAUGUCCACCCUGAUAAGCAGCAAACAGCACUGUGAGUACACCAUCGAUGCAGCGAAGAAGCACGUAGCUGAGGCAACCUGCACGGAAGAGCACUUGUUCCUACCUUCGUCGUACAAACAACAGUAUGGCAUGAUGUCCAAAGUCAAACAGUUUCUGAAACUUGAAAACACCGUCCAAACCAACAACAGAGACAUAGAUGUCCAUGGCCUGGUAAAGAGAGGCUUGUCCUCGGAGAGUGUGGAGGCCAAAUCCCACAGGCAUGGCGAUGCUGUUCUGAGAGUCCUUCAAGAACUGCAGAAACUGUCCAUCUCCCAGCAGAACCAAAAAAGAGCCAGUCUCUUCUACAGAUUUGUGACCGGACUGAGAGGCUUACACAAUGCUACCCUGGGUCCUCUGGUGCCAAAGAUGAUGGAAACUUCCAGUUCGAUCACAAUACAGGCUCUGACUCAGUGCGGUACCCCAGAGUGCUUUGGUGCGAUCCUCCAAGUCCUGCGGACAGGCAACGUCGAUUCACUUGUACUGGAUGCCGUCACAUACAGCCUGGCGCUGCUGCCUUCACCCUGCACGAAAAGGAUACGGGAGAUCCUCAACACGGCCCAGUAUCGCCCAAGCCGAGCUUCUUUUUAUGCCUUGAGUCACACCGUCAACAGAUUCUAUGAUAGCAACAGGAUAGUGACAGAAGAAAUAAAUGAUGUUGCUAAUUUUAUGGUGUCACAGAUCAGCAACGAAUGCUCUGGAGAUGAGGAACUCACCUACCUGACCCUGAGGGCCAUUGGUAAUAUGGGAAAAGUGAUAGAAGAUGCCAAUCCCAAUGUGAAACAGUCUCUGAAAAUGUGUAUUAGAAGUAAUGUAGCAUCACCUGCAGUCCAGAAAGCAGCCAUUCAGGCACUGAGAAAAAUGAGCAUCACUGCUGAGGACCAAGGGGUUCUAGUCAAGGUCUUCCAGGAGGCUUCUUCACCAGUUGAGAAGCGUCUGGCAGCUUAUCUCAUGCUGAUGAGAAACCCUUCCUCAUCUGACAUUUCCAAGGUCAUUAAAAGUCUUCAAAAGGACAAGAAUGAACAAGUGAAAAGCUUUGUAGCCUCCCACAUUGCCAACAUCUUAGACUCGACAGACCCUUACACUGAAUUGCUCAGAGGAAAAAUUAAUGAGGCCCUUAAAGGAGCCCAGGUUCCACCAGCCAAGGACUUCCGGAGAUUUUCACAAAAUUAUCAGGCUUCCAAGACUCUGUCUCUGCCAUGGACCAAUGGUCCAAUUUCAGGAAAACUGGAAGGAGACCUGCUGUUUGAUUCAAGCAGCUAUGUACCUAAGGAAUCCAUGCUAAGAACUACACUGCAGUUGACUGGACUGAAUCCCAUAGAUGUGUUUGAGAUCGGCUUGGAUGGGAAAAGCUUUGAGCCAACACUAGAAGCCAUGUUCGGACCGAAUGGGUUUUUCCCUGACAGUGCCACAAAAGCUUUGUAUUGGGUAGAUGGCAAGGUGCCAGAUGAAGUUUCUCAAGUGCUUUUCAAAUAUUUUGGGUACUCCAAGGAUGGAGCACAAGAUCAGGAUCCCAUGAAAGGAAUCAUGCUUAAUUUUGAGAAAAUGAUCAGAGAAAUCACCUCCAAAGAAACACCUGAAGCCAGAGCCUACCUGAGAAUGUUUGGGGAAGAGCUUGGCUACUUGAAACUCAGUGACUUCAAGCUACUUGGAAAUCUAAUUCGGAAAAGCCUCCUCUCGCUUCAGAGUGUGCCCGAGAAGAUCGCCCAAGCCAUCUCAGGGGGGAUUGAUAAUGAUCUCUUUGUUCACUACAUCUUCAUGGACAAUGAAUUUGAGUUGCCUACCGGUGCAGGAUUGCCAUUAAAGGUUGCUUUCUCUGGAGUAGCCACUCCUGGAGCCAAGGCUAAAGUGAAAAUUUUACAGAGGACUAUACAAGCAGAACUGGUUGCAAAACCAUCCGUGGCAGUUGAAUUUGUGACUCACAUAGGAGUGAACAUCCCUGUGUUUGCUAGAAACGGCGUGCAGAUGAACACCAACAUAUACCAUGAGUCCGGAAUCGAAGCCCACGUCGGACUGAAAGCUGGGCAGCUGAAGGUCAGCAUUCCUGCACCAAAGACUCCAACCAAGCUCCUCAGUAUCAGCAACGUCUUGACCUUGGUCACCCCAACCCGAACAGAAGUGAUUCCUCCUCUGAUUGAGAACAGAGAGUCCCGGACAACUUGCGCAUCUUUCUUUGCUGGUCUUAGUUACUGUACCCGAGUUGAAUACUCCAAUGCCAGCUCAACAGAGACAGCACCUUACUAUCCACUCACUGGGGAAACCAGGUAUGAAAUUGAACUGCAGCCAACAGGGGAAGUAAAGGAAUAUAUAGCAAGUGCUAAUUAUGAAGUAAACAAAGAGGAGGGGGACUUGGUUGACACCUUGAAAUUCAUGGCUCAAGCGGCAGGUGCAAAACAAUGUGAAGCCACACUGAUCUUCAGGUACAAUCGAGGCAAAAAGAUUUUUACCAGUGACCUCCAGGUUCCCAGUUUCAGCGUUGAUUUGGGUACCAACUUCAGACUUACUGACUAUUCCACUCAGGAGAGGACCGCUUACAGCUUUAUCUUAGACAUCAACAACAAGAAAAUUCCUGAAGUUACUCUUACGGGACGCAUAGGAUACAGCGCUGGGACAGAGUCAGCAGUGGAAGCUUCCAUCUCCAUUCCUCGCCUGAGGACACAAGCAAAAACAGAUGUAUUACUGCAACAGUCGCAGAAUGGGCUGACAUUCCAGAUUGACAGUUCAGCAACAAGUCACGGCUCCUCAAUUUCGGAGAGAAUUGUCUUGGGAUACGAUAAUGAGAAGAUCGAAGUGCAGUGGAAAUCAGGCCAGAGUGCAGCCCUGAAGAAAAUGUCAGCCAUGCUACCCGUAGACUUUGCAGAUUAUUCAAAGACUUUGCAGAAGCAUGCCAACGAUCUCUUGGACCACCGAGUAGCCAAUACAGAUAUGACAGUCCGGCAUAUUUUUUCAAACUUUAUAGUAGCAACCAAUACCUGGUUACAGCAGGCAUCCAAGAACAUUCCUUAUGCGAAAAAUCUACAGGAUAAAUUAAGCGGACUCCAGGAGCUCAAUUUUCAGAACAUGGAACUUUUUGCCAUCCCAGAGGAGCUUUUCUUGAAAAGCGAUGGCCAGAUCAAAUACAUUUGGAACAAGGAGAGUACUGUCAUUACCAUUCCGCUGCCGUUUGGUGGCAGGUCAUCCUACGACAUGAGAGUGCCUAAGAUUCUGGAAAUGUCUCAAAUGGCAAUGCAGUCAAUGGGAGGAAACAUGGCUUCUCAAGAGUACAGGCUUCCUCGUUUCGCCAUCCCAGAGUCAUACACGCUUCGGGUGCCUUUGCUGGGCACUUUCGAGGUCUCUUCCAAUAUGUACAGCAAUUAUUACAACUGGUCAGGUUCCUACUCCUUGGCGAACACCACAAAGGAUGUCUACAGCCUAAGAACAAACUACUUUGUGAGAGCUGACUCUGUUCUGGAACUACUUUCAUAUAAUGUACAAGGUCAGGGAGAAGCAAGUUUUGAUGGGAACAACAUGGCUUGUAAUUAUGAAAGUUCACUGCAACACAAACUCCUUAAUUCAAAUUUUAAAUUUAGCGAAACAGGCAAUUUUGAACCCACUCCUGUGGCCAGGAGGACCCUCACACUGGUAACAUCCAGCCCGCUGGGUACUCGGUUUUCCCUGUCUUAUGCUGAAGAUGCCGAAAUGAGCAACAACUUGCUUCUUCAAAACAUAAACGUGGAAGGACAACUGAAUGUCGCUUCAGCCUUUGCUAAAACCACAGGCACACUGUCAAGCACCUUUGAUGUGAACCAACUCGUUUGGGCAGGAGAAUCCAAUCUGAAGUUUGACUCUUCCUUGCUUCAGGCUACUAACCAGAUGACUGCCAGGUUUACAGGUGGCCCAUGGACAGUCAAGUCCAUCUCGAAUGUACAGAAUGGUUUUCUGACUAACACGGCUUCCUUGAAGUAUGAAAACAGCCAGCUGAAGUUUUCCUCUGAGACCGCUGGAAACCACAGAAGCUUUGCAGUUGCCAACAAGUUUGACUUCUCUGUGGACAGAAAGGGAGCUGCGCUUCGCUCCGAGUACCAGGCCAAUUACGCAGAAAACCAAUGCUAUGCCCUGAUUUCGAGCUCUGUUAACGGCCAAGGUGUCGAGCUGAUUAGCCACAUGUCUGGGAAAGGUGAAAGACUCAAAGCUGAGCACAAGUCUACAUUAGGUGUUAACCUCGAUGGCCUGGCAAGCACUGCAACAACAAACCUGCAGUUUAAUCCAUUGAAACUGGAGAACGAAAUGAAUGCCCGGAUUGGCAUCACUGGGGCUUCCAUGAAGAUCAACACAGGAGGACACUUUGGGAAACACAAUGCAAAAUUUGAUUUGGAUGGAAGAGUGGCUCCCACAGAAAUCGUGCUUACAAGUGUAUAUCAAGGCAGCAUUUUGGAUGCAGACAGCAAGAACACCUUAACCUUCAGGGUGAACAAAGGCGGACUGAGGUUUGCAAACAGCUUGAUUGGGUCAUACAAAGGAAUGAAGCUGGAAAACACUCAUGACCUGAACAUCGUGGGCUUGUCUUUGACUUACGCUUCCAAUUUAGACCACACCAUCAGUCUGGGCAAGUCCCACAAACACCACUUGGACUUCCAGCUGCAACCCUAUUCUCUCACAGCCAACGUGAACAACGACUUGAAAUUCGGCAGUGCUGAUCUAAACAACAAUGCACGGUUGCAACUUGAGCCCCUGAAGGUUAAUCUGGAUGGCAAUGUGAAAGGUGCCUACAGUGGCGAUGAAGUGAAGCAUGCCUAUACAUUUACCUAUGCAGAUCUGGUGGCGCAUGUUAAGACCGACACAGUAGCGAGCAUUCGAGGUGCAGCUCUCACCCACAGAGUAAACUUGGAUGUUGCAGGUCUCUCUUCGUCGGUCGUCAUCAACACAAACUGUGACUCAAAAUCCCUAACCUUUUCCAAUGCAAUACGAUCUGUUGCAGCCCCAUUUACUGUCACUGUUGACAUGCAUACAAAUGGGGAUGGAAGACUCUCAAUCUUGGGAGAGCAGUCAGGACAGCUGUACAGCAAAUUCCUGCUAAAAGUAGAACCCCUUGCUUUCUCACUUUCUCAUGAUUAUCGGGGAUCCACUGGCCACAACUUCAAUUUUGAGAAAAGAUACAAGACAUUACUGGAGAACAAGGUCACUGCUCUUUUUACGCCAUCUGAGCAAAGAAGUACAUGGAAGAUGAAGAGCCAGCUGAACAAUAAUGUGUACACUCAAGAUUUUAGUGCUUUUAAUGAUGCAGAAACUAUUGGGGUGGAGCUGGAUGGGAAAACCUUAGCAGACCUUUCUGUACUGGACUUUCCUAUAACUAUACCAUUCACAAACCGGGGGAGAGUCAAUUUAAUUGAUGUUUUGGAUUUAAGGGAAAAUGUAGCCCAGACUCAAGAGUUUGGUCUUGCUCUUUCCGUGAAGUAUGAUAAGAAUGAGAACAUGCAUGUCAUCAAUCUGCCCUUCUUGGAAAAGCUACCAGCUUACUAUGAGCAAAUGAGGCAGUCCAUCCUAGCUGUACUCAAAUCUAUUCAGAAGAACCUAAAGGGUGUAAAUAUAGAUCAGGUUGUGAGAAAAUAUAGGGCAGCAUUAGAUAAAAUCCCCCAGCAGGUUAAUAACUAUGUGAAGACAUUCGAUCUGGAAAACAAAGUGAACAACCUGAAAGAGAAACUGGAUGCAUUUGCAAAGGAUUACAGCAUAACUGUGGAUGACCUUGAACUUGCUUUGGAAAAUGCCAAAACUAAUCUCCAGGCAGCUUUGUCUAAACUGCAGGUUUUCCUGGUUGAAACUGAAAGGUAUAUAAGGAGCAAUUAUGACUUAAAGGCAGCUGUUGUGCAACUUAUCGAGCAGAUUAUUGAAAAAAUGAAAGUUAUAGACAGGCAAUAUGAAAUCAGUAAAAAAAUGAUCGGCACUAUUCAUCAACUGCAAUCUGCCAUCUCUCAGUAUGACUUUAACCAGAUAGGAAGCAGCGCUGCUGCUUGGGUUCAAAAUAUGGAUGCUGAGUACAAAAUCAAAGCUCGAGUGCAAGAAAAACUAGACCAACUGAAGAAACAGAUACAGAAUAUAGAUGCCCAACGUAUUGCAGAGAGUUUGAAGCAGCAAGUGGAGGCAAUUGAUAUUAGAACACUUAUAGAGAAGCUGGACGUGUCCUUUCCCAUUCAAAAACUUAAUCAAAUUCUGGAGCAAAUUAAAGAUCUUCUUCUAAAUUAUAUGGAGGACUACAAAGUGACUGAGAAGAUCAAUAUACUUCGGAACAAAAUGCAUGAACUUAUUGUGAACUAUAGAGUUGAUCAGCAGGUCAAAGUUCUAAUGGACAAAAUAGCUGAGUUGUAUAACCAACAGAAAAUUGGAGAAACAAUCCAGAAAUUAACCCUGUCUCUGAAAAAAAUUGACCUAAAAUCAUUCUUCAACCAAGUACUGAAAUUCAUUGAUGAUGCUGUUAGGCAGCUCCAAUCAUUUGAUUACACAAAUCUGGUGGAUGAAGUCAACAACUUUCUUGAUUUUGUUAUCAAGAAGCUGAAGUCAUUUGAUUACAACAAAUUUGUAGAUGAAACAAACAAUAAAAUCCGGGAAACAACACAGAAAAUCAAUGAUGAAAUCAAAGCCUUGGAGCUACCUCAGAAAAUGGAAGCUACAAAACAAUACAUCAAAGAUGUCGCUGCUGUGGUUGCUCAGAACAUACAGAAACUAAAAGACACUAGACUUGCCAUCAUCGUUAAUUGGCUUAGUGAUCUCCUAAGCUCAACAGCAUUAAGUGAACUGAAAAGUAAAGCUUGUGAGUACCUGGAAGAUGCACGUGAGAGAAUUUAUCAAAUUGAUAUCCCAUUAGAAAUCCGGGGAUACCUUGAGAAGGUCAGCCAGCUCUACAGCACCAUAAUCACCUUCCUAGAUGAACAAUGGAAAACUGCCUCAAAAAAGAUUACCCUUUUAGCUGAGCAAUACAAUGUAAAAACUAUGGCUGACAGUUUCAACCACUUUGUUGAAACUGGCUUCAAAGUUCCUGAGAUCAGAGCAGGCAUAAUCAACAUACCAGCUUUUGAAGUCAGUCUCCGGGUCUUGCGGGAAGCCACCUUUCAAACUCCAGAUUUCCUUAUUCCACUAACUGACCUGCGUGUCCCAUCUUAUCAGGUAAACCUCAAGAAAUUGAGAGAAAUCAGAAUUCCAGUCAGAUUUACUACUCCUGAGUUCACCAUUCUAAAUACAUUCAAGGUGCCAUCUUAUACAAUUGAUUUGAAUGACAUCAAGCUGAAGAUUGUGAAGACGAUUGACCAGAUCAUGUCGAGUGACUUUCAGCUGCCAACUGCUGAUGUGUAUUUCCAAGAUAUAAAGAUGAAAGAUAUGUAUUUUUCUGACUAUUCUUUCCCAGAAAUGAAUUUCCCUGAACUCCAAAUACCUGAAUUACUGAUCCCAAAACUAAAUUUGAAUGAAUUCCAGUUCCCAGAGAUCCAAAUUCCAGAAUUCCAGCUGCCCCGCAUUCCACACUCUGUGAUGGUCCCUACAUUUGGAACAUUGUCUGGUACUUUCAAAGUAACCUCUCCCUUCUUCACGUUGACUACUAAUGGUGCUUUUAAGAACACAACAGCUUUUGCCCACAGCCCAGAAUUUUUGGGGUCUAUUUCAGCAGUAGCAACUUCCAAAAUCAACUGCCUUGCUUUUGAAAUGACUGCAGAUACAAGUCUCUCAGCUCCCGAGAUGCAGCAGUUAAUCCUAAGAGACAACCUGAAGUUCUCCCACAUGUACAUUGAUGCUAUUCAUGCAGGUGAAAUAACAUUUUUGGGGACUUCUGUUCGGGGAAAUGCAGAAACUACAGCAAAAUUCCAUACUGAGCGUAACUCUAUAGAUCUGUACAACCAAUUAACAGGCAGCCUCCAGAAGAAGAUUUCCAUAGAGAGCAGGACAACCUACAGACACAGGCUAUAUAUUCCAAAUUUCAGCAGCCAAGCAGAAUUAAGUAAUGAAAUAAAAACAGCACUAGAAGCAGGACGCAUAUCAGCUACUUCCAUUGGCAGAGGAGACUGGAAAUGGACAGCCUUCGAUUACUCUGGUGAAGGAACCCAUGAAUCAAGUGUCAACUUCGGUUUAGGGGGAUCUGUAGCUUCAUUCGUAGCACAAAACAAGAUCAAUGAUAAGUACUUGAGAGUCGACCAAAGACUGGCAUAUGAAUAUAAUCUACCAAGUUCUGCAAGGCUUGAAGUUCAGUCUGUAGUAGAAUCUCCACAGCUGGGACGUAGUGACUUAAAUGUGCAAGGCACAGGGAAUCUUGCAGAGCUCAAAACAGAACUGAGGGGCACACACAAUGCUAAGUUGAACGGACGCAUAUCUGGGACUAUAAAUAAUGAUGUGAACUUCUUGGUGCAGCCCUUUGAACUGAGCACAUCAACAAAUAAUAACAUGAAUGUAAAAGUUAGCUUCCCAAUGAAAAUAGUCGGCAAAAUUGAGCUUGUGAAUAAUUAUAUACUGGCACUGAGUCCCUCCACUCAACAAGUUAGCUGGGCAGCUGAGGGCAGAUUUAAUCAAUACAGAUACGUCCAUAACAUGUCUGCUGGUAACAAUGAAGAAAGUAUAGAAGCUUCUGUGUCCAUGAAUGGUGAUGCUAACUUGGAGUUCCUAAAAAAUCCCCUCUCGUUUCCUGAACAAUCUAUCAUGGGCAUCAAGACACCCCACGUGCAAGGAUACUCUCUGUGGGAGGACUCAGGGCUGAAGAAUUUACUGAAGACUACAAAGCAAUCAUUUGAUUUAAACCUGAAAGCUCAGUACAAGAAGAACAAAAAUAUGCACUCGUUUCAAAUUCCUUUGGAUGGAGUACAUCAAGCUCUGAAUCAGUACAUUGCAACCUUCAACAGGCACUUUGAGAAAGGUAGAGACAACACCUUAGCAUUCCUGACCGAGUCCUAUAACCAAGCCAAGACCAAGUUUGACAAGUACAAAAUAGAUACUUCAGUUAACAAAGUCCCACAGACAUUCAGGAUUCCAGGGUACACUGUUCCAGUGGUCAACAUUGAGGUAUCUCCUUUUACUGCUGAGCUCCCAGCUUUUGGCUAUGUGAUCCCUAAAGAAAUGAGCACUCCAAGUUUCACUGUCCCACUUGUUGGGUUUUCAGUGCCAUCCUAUACAUUGGUCCUUCCAUCAUUGGAGUUACCAGUCCUUCAUGUUCCCCAAGGUCUGCAGACUCUUAAGCUUCCCAGCUAUCGAGCACACUUGCCUUUAAACAGAAUCUACAUUCCAGCCAUGGGAAAUAUUACCUAUGAAUUUUCAUUCAAAUCUAGUGUGAUUACCCUGAACACAAAUGCUGGCCUUUUUAACCAAUCUGAUAUCAUUGCUCGCUUGAGUUCAUCCUCCACUUCUGUGAUUGAUGCCCUGCAAUAUAAAUUGGACGGAACAACCAGCCUCACAAGGAAAAGAGGGUUGAAGCUAGCGACUGCAUUAUCCCUGAACAACAAAUUCAUAGUGGGAAACCACGACAGUACCAUCAGUCUCACCAGGAGAAAUAUAGAAGCUUCAGUGAUUACCACAGCAAAAAGCAGCAUGCCAGGCUUGAACAUGAAUUUUAGGCAGGAGCUUAAGGGAAAUGCUAAAUCAAAGCCAGUCAUUUCCUCAGCUAUUAAUCUAAACUACGCUCUUGACACUCGUGGUGCCACUGCUGAAGGAGCAAUUGUCCACAAGGCCACCUUGGAAAGCAUUGUAUCUUAUAUAUCUGUAGAUACUUCAACCAAUGCUUUCAUCAACGGAGUGCUUCACAAGAGAAAACCAUUUUCUGGAAAGUUGGUUCAUGAAGCAGAUGCCUACCUAAAUGCUAAAGGUGCUCGUUCCUCAGUCAAAUUUGAGACCAGCUCUGACAUUGAUGGAAUUUGGAAGUUUGACACAAAAGAAAAUGUUGCCAUUGAAGCAUCCACUCGUCGUCUUUAUGCAUUAUGGGACCACAAUGGAGAAAAUCAUCUGAAAUAUUAUCCAAUUGUCAGAACUGAAGGACAUCAGAACUGCAAAGUGACUUUAGAAGUAGAGCCUGGAAGUAUGUCCAUGCGUCUUCAGAUACAAGCUAGCCAACCAAAUAAUUUCUUCGGUGAGACUUCAGUUAAUCAAGACUUUUCCGUUGCCACCAACAGUGAGAAUCAGAAGAUUGAGUGGAAGAUUGAAGGCCAAACCCUCUCCCUCUUCCUUGGGCAUCACUUGCAGUUAUCGAAUGACAACACAGAAGCUCAUUUUGACCUGUCCAGUUCUUUGGGAGGUCAUGUAGCUUUCCUCAGAGGCCUUGUGCUGCCAGUUUAUGACAAGAGCUUAUGGCAGAUCUUGAAAUUAGAUGACACCACUAGUCCUGGAGAACGGCAAUACUUAAAUGUGUCAACAUCCUUCGUAUACACAAAAAAUGAAGAUGGGUACUUUAUCCCCAUAAAUGUCAACCAGCUGACGGAUGGAUUUACAUUCACAAUUCCUGAAAUUAACUUACGGGAUAUCAAAAUCCCCCAAAGACUGACCACCACGCCAUUUCACAUUGGAUUUCCAUCACUUCCAAAAAUUCAGUUUCCUCAGUAUGAUGUAGUGACCAGCUUGAAAGAAUAUAAAAUUCCCUACUUUGAGGUGACUAUACCUGAGAAGCUAUUAACUGUAUCUGAAUAUACUCUUCCAAAGACCCUUUCUCUGGGUAAAAUCUUUGUGGACUUCAGCGCUGCAGCCAAGAAGAUAGCUGAUUUUGAGUUGCCUACGAUUACUAUUCCUGAACAGCAGAUUGAAAUCCCAGCCAUUAAAAUCUCCUUCCCUGCUGGAAUCUACAUCCCCACUUUUGGAGCUUUAGGUGUUUCUUUCAAAGCUGCUUCACCAUUGUACAGUACCACCUGGAAAACAGAUUUCAAGAACCAUAAAGACUCUUUCAACCAUUCCAUUGAUUUUACUGCAUAUUCACCACUGCAGUUCCUGGCCUAUGAUCUAAAAGGUGUGUGGAUCUACAAAGGUAACAACAUUGAAGGAAACAGCCAUUUUGUGCAUCGUGACCUGAGUGCAGAAUAUAAAGAGCGUCUCACUGUACUAGAAAAUGGAACCACUGACUACACGAUAUCUCUGGAUGUCACCAGCCCAACCUUCACUGAUGUUCAAGUGCGUUUCCAUGAACAGACCGCAAGAGUUGCUACCUCAAUAUCUUCAUCUUCAGCUGGAACCCUUGGCUCUCUCAUCAGUCUGGAUACGGAUACUUUCAAGGGCGAGGUUUUCUACCGAACUCUGUCUAACCCUCAGGAAGACGUCGAUCUCUUUAAAAGCGAGAUAUCAUUCCGAAAUCCUGAACUGAUUCAAGUCAAAGCCAACUGGAAAGAGGAUGCUGCCAUAGACCUACUUGAAGGCUUAAAAGAGAAGGUUCCUAAAAUAGCCGGUGCUUUGUACAACUGUGUUAACAAGUACCACCAUGAGCAUAUGGGUAUUGAGAUCAACACUGCCACCUUGAAGCUGAAGGACAACCUGAAACAUAAUGCUGACAUGUCUUACAGAGCUACUUUAAGCACUAUCAACGAACUGGAACAGGGGCUGCAUGGCAUAACUAACCAGGUCACUGGGGAAUAUGAAAUCUUGAGGAAGAAAGCCAAGAAGAUGUACCACCAAGCUGCAGAUCAAGCCAACCAGAUGGACUAUGACCAAAUCAGAGCCCAGUUUUUUGAAGCCACCAUAAAUAUAAUCGCAGAAUACCAUAAAAGGGUGAAGCGUCUUAUUGAUUCUGCCAUAGAAUUCUUGAAGGUAACAAAAUUCCAGGUGCCAGGAGUAGACGGAGAGCACACUGGUGAAGAACUUUAUGUGAUGGCCACUGAGAAGUUAGCAAACACCGCAGAGCUCUGCAUCACAAAAAUGCAGGAAUAUUUUGAUGACCUGAAUGCAUAUGCGAAUGAACUAGAGGUUAAAAUUCCAAUUUCCGGCCAGACCCUCAAAGUUCGUGACAUACUUGAUGAAAUUAAGGUCUUUCUAACACAUGUUAGAAAUAGAGUCAGUAACCUAUUUCUUGCCCUUGAAAAGAUUGACUUCACACAAUAUCUAAGAGAGCUCAAGGAAGUCACUCAGCAAGUUUUCAAAGCAGCAGAAGAUCUGAUCGCAAAUUUGAAAGCCCAAAACUAUGAACAUUUAAAAGCCCAGGCAAGACAACUCUUGGCCAAGAUCCAUCAAGGACUCAAUGAGUUAGCAAACAAUAUAGGAUACUUCGCUCAGCAGGUUGGAAAGUUUAUCCAGCAGACUUUGCAGGUUAGUUCCGUGGAGAUAGAGCGUUUGCUGCAAAGCAUCAAAGCCUUGAGGGAGGAAUAUUUUGACCCAAGCAUUGUUGGGUGGUCUGUCAAAUAUUACGAAGUGGAAGAGAAGGUGGUGGCUUGGCUGAAGGGUCUGAUCAAUGAUGUGAUUGAGUGGCAUGCCAAAUGGAUCAGUGGGGCUUCUGACAUGAUUGCACACCUGACAGAUCAAGUGAAAGAUUUUUUGGAGAACUAUGAAACUGAAUUCUCCAAGUCGGCUCAUGACAAGAUUCUAUAUUGGUCGGAAGCUGCUAAGAAGAGUGCUGUAGAACAAAACCAAAAAGUCAAGGCAAAGGUAUAUGAGGCAUACGAGCACCUGUCUGAUUCCUAUGCAAGGCUUAUCGCUAACACUAAGACCCUGAUAGACCUGACAAUAGAAAACUAUACUGCAUUCCUCCGGUACCUCCAACAGCUUCUGGAUCAGUUUGAACAAGCGACAGCUGACACACUGAGGCCCUAUAUCGUUGUCCGCCCAGGAGAGCUCAGGAUAGACAUCCCAAAACCAUUUGACUUGCCAACCAUUUAUCAGAUGAGCCAGCUCAGUGAGGAAGAUAUGAGAAAGAAACUGGAAAUAACACGGGAACUGAUUCAGCAAGGUGUCGAACAAAGCUCCAGGAAAUGGGAGGAUCUGCAAUAUUUCAUUGAUCAGCAGAUCAGCGCUGGGCAACUGACCAUGCAACAGAUCAAGGAAAAUGUACAGAAGCGCUUGCAAUCUUGAACGGACAAAGAGAAAGAAAGGUAGUGCAAACUUUUACCACGCCAUAUUUAAAGCCAGCGGCAAUCAUUGCUCUUGGAACAUCAGAAAGCUAUUUGUUUGAAUUUGGCAUUUGUAAAUGAAAAUGGAAUAAUUUGUGGGUUAGUCUAAUGCUUUUCAAAAGCCAAUAAAUUAAUUCUUUGUGACAUUUUAGUGUCCUUUCAUUGAAACCAGUUUUCUUUUAGGUCAUAGGUCAUAAUCCAGUAUUUUAUAAUGGAAGCCUUUACAGAGGCUUCAGAUGGAACAGGGCCAGAACCCACAUUGAGCAAAACGUUUUGAAAAUUGCUUCAAUGGAAGAUGAGAACCCAAUGGAACAAAAAGUAGCAUGUGAUGAAAAAGUCAGCCUAAGAACCCAGCUUAAGAAUGUGAACUAUAAAUAAAUUUUAAUUAGGCAAGUAACAGGAGGAAAGUAGGCAGAAGCGUACAUGUUGGGUUGGAAUGUGCAUUCUCCAUAAAACAAAUCAAAGGCAUCAUCAGUGAGUAAAACUGAUCUGUCUACAAAGUUAAACAUUAAGUUUCUUUCGUGCCCUAAAUAGUCCUCUAACCAGUCAAGGGUCAAGCACUGUACUUGUCAACAUAGUUUCCCUUUUUCUUGUCAACCGUGUUAGUAUUUUCUGGUUUGUACAACCACUAUUUUUAUAUUCCUAUUUUAAUUGUUGAAUAUUUUAUUUUUGGUUCAGUCCAAGGCCCACCAUUGUUUCAGGCAAUCUUCAGCUUAAACUAAGGUUGUCAGCUCCUUGUUCUGAAGCAGGCUGGUGUCCCACUGUUUUUACUCUGCCAGUACUACUUAAAUAGGCAAAGUUCAUUAGAGGCAGUAUUUCAAGAAUGAGCACUCUCUUGCUGCUCAGUUGUUGAAAGUGCAACCCCGCAGGAAGGCCUCAUGCGAAUAUUCCUGAGUUUGAAAAUUCUGAAAUUUCUGAAAGCAAAAUAUUUGGGCCUAAUAAUUUAUUUGGUUUUAUAUUUAGCCAUUAGAACACACUGUACAUAUCAGAGAUCAGACUAAUAGGAUUCCCACCCUUUUCCGUUCCCUUCUUGCUUUUCUCAGAACAAACUUGUUUUGCAAUGUCAGUAGAAAAGUUGUGUAUAUGUAUCCUUUAAUUAAACAGUUCACUCUGCUA